AUGGAAUCGUCUACACCAGAUGCAGAGUUUCCCUGCCGGCCUUGUGAUCUCCAGUUUCCCUCCUGGAAACUGCUGUGGGGUCACAAAUGUGCAAUGCGAGAGCAAGGCAGGGAGGAUCACAAAAACUGCUCUUUCUGCGGUGAGAAAUUCGAGGUGGCCAGGAGUGAACUCUUGCACGUCCAGCGGUCCCACGAACCCAGUCACAGUCUUCACUGCCCAGGCUGUGGGCGUGGCCCUUUCGCUCGAGUCGGAAUGCUGGUCGCGCACAUCGAACGCGGCCAGUGCACGCGUAUCGGUUCGACAGACCUGGUGAUGCUGAGAGAAGCCAAACUCGAUUUUCACAGAGAACUUGAAAAGAGAUCAAACGAGCCUGUGAAAGGGAGCUUUGCCAAUUACAUGUCAAAGAUACAUGUCCCGCAAUGGGCCGACAUUGUAGAAGCACCCAGUGCGGAGAAACCGGGCGAGCUUUCAGAGGGUCAUUUUCCCGGUCUCCUGAGGAAGGAGCCACAAGCAUCGCGGGAGCACGAGUCCAAGGUUCCGGAGAAGGUGCUGCGGAAGCAAGAGCCUCAGCAGUCGAAUAAACAAGAAACGCAAGCAACGAUAAAAAGUAUCCCUCAGAAGUGGAACUCUAGACUGUGUCUGAGACCACAGAAAACAGAUACCGCCAGCGAUAAAACAAUGGCGGAUACCGACGACGACGAAAGCUUGCUAAUUGACGUAUCGCCAGGCCAUCAUCUCGCAGCCAAAUGGCAGAAUGCAACGCAAGACAGCAAAUCAGACCAUGAAAAGGGCAAGGCAGCGCCCCCUCCAUCAACCACACCAUUGGCCGCCAAAUGGCAAGGCGCCUGGGGAACCAAAGAUAUCCAAGCUGCCAUCGCAAGAGAUCGCGGGAACCGACGCGUCACUCCAGCUACCCAGCAGCUUGCGGCGGCGACCCAGCCUGCGCCCAAAGCUUUAGCAGAGUUUAUGGAUCUGGACGACCCUGAGCAUCCAUAUUUUAAUGCGUCUAACUAUCGUUGCCUCGUAAUGAGCAAAUACGUCUGCCCCAAGUUGGGAUGCGGCAAGUACUAUGAUGACAAGCAAGGCAUAAUCAGGCAUCUCAAGUCUCCUGCUCACGGCGUCAAGUCGUACCAAUGCCCGAAAUGCUCGCGCAUUUUUAAAUCGGUGGAAGCGAUCACAUCUCAUGCUGAGUCUCCCGGGCACUGUCGAAUCCGAGAGACAGAACACUACGGCGCGUUUAUAGACCAACUUACCGGAGGCAUUGUCCAUGUUGACGCUAGUGGUGGGAAUGAUGGUAUCAAGUACAAUGUUCAGAAGAAGGCGAUUGACAAGGUGUUCUGGUGA